GACCGCGGGUGGCCUCCAGCCACCGAGACGGAGGAAGCCCGGGACGCGGCGCGUCGACGCGGUGCCUUGCGUGCCUUCGAGAACACGAAACGAACGCGCGCGCUUGCCCGUACGGAACCGUGUGUGCACCCCUUUUGCGUGUUUUGGAACGCGCGCACAGCAUCCGCUCUGCGUCAGAGCGCGCGCGGCGGCACAUGGUCCGACCGUGUCCCAACCAGCAUCCCCGAUCUCGUCCGAGUUCGACCCUUCGCUCGAGAUGGGCCGAUCAGUAGCACGAGCGCGGCACGAGUGCGGCACGCAGCAGCGCAGUCUGGCUGCGGAGAAGGGGUUGUCAUGAUCGGUCUCGGGCUCUACGCACACCGCGUCGUCAUUAGCUGACUGUCAUCGACCAUCAGCGAGAUCGAACAUGACGUCCGGGAACAGUAGUGAUACCAGGGAAGAAUCGUCGUCAUUGUCAUUGUCGUCGUUGUCAUCGUCGUCGUCGUCGUCGCCGUCGUCAUUAUCAUCGUCGUCGUCGUCGUCGUCUUUGCGAUUGGCACGCGCGACUUCCUCGACUGAGUCGUAGCGGAGUGUGAUUAACUGAUCCGUUGUACGUGCGCUUCCACACCGAUCGACGGAGAUCGGCAUCGAUCGAUCGAGCGACCGUGACGAGAGGGAGGCGAAGCGACUCGAGGCAGCGAGGGACGAACGCGUGAAACUGAGCUUUCCAAAGUGGGUCGAACCCGCGGCUCGUUUACUCUCGCUGGUCGAAGAGCCAUACCAUUUUCCCGUGGAUGCGACCGCGGGAGAUUUGCGGCGAACCGAGCGUAGAUGUGCGCGAGCGCGCGCGCGCGCGCGCGCUUCUAGUUGCACGCGUGCACUUAUACACGCGCGCAGCUACGAUGAUAUCUAGCUCAAACCAACCAUUGGUCCACAACGCGGUUCUUUGCUCUCGAUAGCUAAAAGCGGGUAGUACACGGUGUUUGUGGCGAGAAGGGGACUCGAAACUGCGGAAAAGGGAGAGAGCGUGCCAGGAAGAAAGGGGUGAAGGGAACGACAGAAAGGGAAAUAGGAAGAGACGAAGAGAAAGAGAGAGGGGAGAGGGAAAUCGCUCGUGGGAGAAGUGGUAGGGAGAGUAAGAGAGACGGAUACACAGAGAACGAGCGAGCAAGCGAGAAAGAGAGAGAGAGAGAGAGACCACGAGAAGAGCUGGAGAGAGUAAUGAUCGUGACGACGGUCGUGCGGACAAAUGAACACCUCGGCACAGCAUUUGGGAUAUUCCAAAGAUGUGAGGAAUGAUCACGUGGGUGAUGGUCGGGCUGCUUCUGGCUGCGGAAACUUGCGGCAGAAACGUCCUCUCCGGAAACGGAAACGGAAACGGAAAGGAAGAGGCGAAGCGGCGGGAGGGUCUGAAGGGCGUCAGCGUGGACGAGGAAGACACCUAUCGUCUAACGUGCUACACUUGCGUCAACGUCAGCGAUAACCAGAUGUGCAACGAAUGGGCGAUAGAUACACCGUGUCCGGCGGGCGGCCGUGAUUUCUGUCGAUCGCUGCACAUUCUGGACAGCCGAGGGAACAGCGUCUUGGUAAGCAAGAGUUGCGCCAGCAGCGAGGAAUGCGGGCCAGCGUCGGUCGGUUGCAUUCCCGUGGACACGCAGCAGAUCUGUAUAAGCUGCUGCGACGAGAGCUACUGCAAUAUCGAGUCGCCGACUAACGCCACUAACGCGAUCUACUCGCGCAAACGGCGCGCCAAGUCGAAAUCGAAGCGCAAACGGCCCGGCAGAAACGGGGUCGACGCGGCGACGCGGCUCUACGGGUCCAGUUUGCUCUGGCUUCCCGCCUCGCUCUUCUAUGCAUAUCAUUGCUGAGGAAGCAGCAAACACUAACCGCGUACGCGAAACGGACAGCGCGGAAAUCGCGCGCGGGUAUAUUGACGAUAUACGCGCGCGACUACGCGCCAUCAUGGACGCGACUCGCCGUCUCUCGCUCGUGAAUGUUCUCUUCUGUGAUUCCUCCGUAGAUUCACGCUCGCCUAACUACGCAAAACACCCGACACCGCCGUCUGAAUUCCGACCAAGCUUACCGACGAACUUCCCCGCCAACGGGAGGACCAUUUCGCGCAGAGUUUCCGCGCCCGUCGUGCCGAUAUCUCUCGGCAGAGACCGUCGUCCAAUUGUUUUGGAGAGAACGCUAAUCGCUCUAUUUUUCGUACUCUUGUUUGAGAUUCUCGCCACCACUGGUUAACUUUAAUGGGUACCGCCAAGACUUGACGUGCGCGCGUGCACGUCGACCGGAUUUACCGAGCGCUUGGUGUUUCGAGCAUGGCGGAAGAGAGCGAAACGUACGUUUCGGGGAUGGAGUGUCCGCGCGAGGAGGAAUCGCCUGGGAGCGGUUCCAGGAAAUUCGGGGAACGAGCAAAGAGCAGUCGAAAAACUUGGCGCCGUUCCGCGCUGUCCGAGACACGUUAUUAAUCGGGGACCCUUCGAACUAAUCGGGUCCCCCGUGAUGGCAAAAGGAAUUGUUUUCUCGUCGUAGUAUCGGUAGUUGCUAUGCCUCGGUAGAAGGAACUUAAGGCACAAAGAGUAUGAGAGAGACUCGGAGGAGACCGAUCGAUCCGAAUUCGUUUCCGUUCCGAGACCCCACGACAAUCUAGACAACACGCAAUAAAGACUAUUGAUAAUAACGCUAAGAUGUAGUUUUACCGUGUGGUGAACUGUCUGUGUGUCUACUCUAUACUCGAUGUGUACUCCUCUUUCACAAGACCAAAAGUCCAAUAUGCGAGUGCGCCGUGAUUAACGAAGGGGAAUAAUUAAUUGCGAAUGCGCCGUGAUAAAAUCUCGAGGGUACAUACAUAAAUGUAAAACAUUCGAAAUUUUAAUUAAAUCGACUUCUUGCCAACAAAAUAUUUGUAAAA